AUGCUACUACUCACCGUAAUGAUAUAUGUACAUCAUUUCUUUGAUAAAACUGAUAGCAAUUGUUUGGCACCGGUUGCAAACAAAUGGCCGCGCGAUGGCGUGCUGCGUGUCGAAGUUAUCACUAAUUUGGAAAAAUUCAAUGCUUACCAGGAUAGAUUACUAGAAGAAUCUUAUGAAAAACAAAAUGACAAAACGAAUACAACAGUGUUCGAUUUGAAGCGUAUUCUAAGGGAGGGACCGAGUGCCCUACCCAAAGAAUUGAGGAGUAAAUCAAGGCGAAAUUCUCGGAAAAAGAGCGACCAUUGGACUAAUUUUCUAACUUCAGAAUAUACAUUAUUCAAUGUUUUUGCUAAAUCAGAUAGUAAAUCGAAAAAGAUGUCAUCGGAGACGUCAGAUUAUGAUGAGAGUGAUGAUCACGAUUCGCACGAUUUGCUCGAUGAUUCGGAUGCCAGUUUUGAAUAUGUUGUCGAAUAUUCGUUACAUUAUGGUUUACUGAAACUCUCGCACUCAUAUCGUCUCGAACAUCACAUCCCAUUUCUUCUUGUUAGGUUAGACCCGGAAACUGAUAGUUGUUUCGGCGAUAGUCUCAGCCGUGCAUUGAUGAAGUAUUUCAUUGGUUAUGAAGACGUUCUGAUGACAUCCGUGAAAGCUUUAGCAGAAAACGAAACAGAUAAAGGAUAUUUGCGUGAUAUGAUUACUGGCGAGCACUAUCGGUUUGUCACUAUGGGUAGCCCACGAGCAAGCUAUUUUACCGCUUUGGUCGUCAUGCUCAUUUUUGUAAGUGCUUUUCCGUCAUUUGCUUUAUGUUUGGAUAUUUCGAAAACGCAUUGUUACAUAUCUUUUUAUGUUCUUCCAUUUCUCCAAAUGCUUAAACAGAUAAGCUAA